AGGUGUGGUGGGAGUGGCAGUUGAAUGGGGCAGUUGGAGAGGAGGACUUCAGGCGGGUGGGACAAGAGAAACUGAAUCUGAGAUCCUUGGGGAGAAGGAGGCCCUGGAGUCCUGGGCAGCAGAUGCCAGGCUCUGAGCCCCAUGACUGCUGACCCUCCUCCCCUCCUUCUCAUCCUCAGCCCAGGUAAAGCUUCAUUUCCAGCCCAGGGCUGCCAAAUUUAGCAAAGUGCCAUUCCAGCUGCAAUGCUUCCAAGCCGCCUCAGAUCAUCAAAACUUCACAUGCCCUGGGGAGCACUCAAGGAAAUUACCUUCUAGCACCAAUUUCCUAUGCGCGCUGAUUACUCAAACCUGGCCAGGGAGGCCUGACCUCCAGUGUUUGGCAUCUGGGACUCAGGAGCCCUUAAGACAAGCUGAUGACAUCUUGCUGCCAGGGUCCCUUACCAUUAGAAAAGGGAACCAAAAAAUAGAAGUUAUAGAGUGAAAGUGUCCCCAGGCCAAAAGCCCAGGGCUCCAGGCUGCCAUCAGGAUGGUGGGUGAAGGACCCUACCUUAUCUCAGAUCUGGACCAGCGAGGCCGGCGGAGAUCCUUUGCAGAGAGAUAUGACCCCAGCCUGAAGACCAUGAUCCCAGUGCGACCCUGUGCAAGGUUAGCACCCAACCCGGUGGAUGAUGCGGGGCUACUCUCCUUUGCCACAUUUUCCUGGCUCACGCCAGUGAUGGUGAAAGGCUACCGGCAAAGGCUGACCGUAGACACCCUGCCCCCAUUGUCGACAUAUGACUCAUCUGACACCAAUGCCAAAAGAUUUCGAGUCCUUUGGGAUGAAGAGGUAGAAAGGGUGGGUCCUGAGAAGGCCUCUCUGAGCCGCGUGGUGUGGAAAUUCCAGAGGACACGCGUGUUGAUGGACAUCGUGGCCAACAUCCUGUGCAUCAUCAUGGCAGCCAUAGGGCCGACAGUUCUCAUUCACCAAAUCCUCCAGCAGACUGAGAGGACCUCUGGGAAAGUCUGGGUUGGCAUUGGACUGUGCAUAGCCCUUUUUGCCACCGAGUUCACCAAAGUCUUCUUUUGGGCCCUUGCCUGGGCCAUCAACUACCGCACGGCCAUCCGGUUGAAGGUGGCACUCUCCACCUUGGUUUUUGAAAACCUAGUGUCCUUCAAGACAUUGACCCACAUCUCUGUUGGCGAGGUGCUCAAUAUACUGUCAAGUGAUAGCUAUUCCUUGUUUGAAGCUGCCUUGUUUUGUCCUUUGCCAGCCACCAUCCCGAUCCUAAUGGUCUUUUGUGCGGCGUACGCCUUUUUCAUUCUGGGGCCCACAGCUCUCAUCGGGAUAUCAGUGUAUGUCAUAUUCAUACCAGUCCAGAUGUUUAUGGCCAAGCUCAAUUCAGCCUUCCGAAGGUCAGCAAUUUUGGUGACAGACAAGCGAGUUCAGACAAUGAAUGAGUUUCUGACCUGCAUCAAGCUGAUCAAAAUGUAUGCCUGGGAGAAAUCUUUUACCAACACUAUCCAAGAUAUAAGAAGGAGGGAAAGAAAAUUACUGGAAAAAGCUGGAUUUGUCCAAAGUGGAAACUCUGCCCUGGCCCCCAUCGUGUCCACCAUAGCCAUCGUGCUGACAUUCUCCUGCCACAUCCUCCUGAGACGCAAACUCACCGCACCCGUGGCAUUUAGCGUGAUUGCCAUGUUUAAUGUAAUGAAGUUUCCCAUUGCAAUCUUGCCCUUCUCCAUCAAAGCAAUGGCUGAAGUGAAUGUCUCUCUAAGGAGAAUGAAGAAAAUUCUCAUAGAUAAAAGCCCCCCAUCUUACAUCACCCAACCAGAAGAUCCAGAUACUGUCUUGCUUUUAGCAAAUGCCACCUUGACAUGGGAGCAUGAAGCCAGCAGGAAAAGUACCCCAAAGAAAUUGCAGAACCAGAAAAGGCAUCUAUGCAAGAAACAGAGGUCAGAGGCAUACAGUGAGAGGAGUCCACCAGCCAAGGGAGCCACUGGCCCAGAGGAGCAAAGUGACAGCCUCAAAUCGGUUCUGCACAGCAUAAGCUUUGUGGUGAGAAAGGGGAAGAUCUUGGGAAUAUGUGGGAAUGUGGGAAGUGGAAAGAGCUCCCUCCUUGCAGCUCUCCUAGGACAGAUGCAGCUGCAGAAAGGGGUGGUGGCAGUCAAUGGAACUUUGGCCUACGUUUCACAGCAGGCAUGGAUCUUUCAUGGAAAUGUGAGAGAAAACAUACUCUUUGGAGAAAAGUAUGAUCACCAAAGGUAUCAGCACACAGUCCGCGUCUGUGGCCUCCAGAAGGACCUGAGCAACCUCCCCUAUGGAGACCUGACUGAGAUUGGGGAGCGGGGCCUCAACCUCUCUGGGGGGCAGAGGCAGAGGAUUAGCCUGGCCCGCGCCGUCUACUCCGACCGUCAGCUCUACCUGCUGGAUGACCCCCUGUCGGCCGUGGACGCCCACGUGGGGAAGCACGUCUUUGAGGAGUGCAUUAAGAAGACGCUCAGGGGAAAGACGAUCGUCCUGGUGACCCACCAGCUACAGUUCUUAGAGUCUUGUGAUGAAGUUAUUUUAUUAGAAGAUGGAGAGAUUUGUGAAAAGGGAACCCACAAGGAGUUAAUGGAGGAGAGAGGGCGCUAUGCAAAACUGAUUCACAACCUACGAGGAUUGCAGUUCAAGGAUCCUGAACACCUUUACAAUGCAGCAAUGGUGGAAGCCUUCAAGGAGAGCCCUGCUGAGAGAGAGGAAGAUGCUGUUUUGGCUCCAGGAAAUGAGAAAGAUGAAGGAAAAGAAUCUGAAACAGGCUCAGAAUUUGUAGACACAAAAGUUCCUGAGCACCAGCUCAUCCAGACUGAAUCCCCCCAGGAAGGAACCGUGACCUGGAAAACAUAUCACACGUACAUUAAGGCUUCUGGAGGGUACCUCCUUUCUCUCUUCACUGUGUUCCUCUUCCUCCUGAUGAUUGGCAGCGCCGCCUUCAGCAACUGGUGGCUGGGUCUCUGGUUGGACAAGGGCUCACGGAUGACCUGUGGGCCCCAGGGCAACAUGACCAUGUGUGAGGUCGGCGUGGUGCUGGCAGACAUCGGUCAGCAUGUGUACCAGUGGGUGUACACUGCAAGCAUGGUGUUCAUGCUGGUGUUUGGCGUCACCAAAGGCUUCGUCUUCACCAAGACCACACUGAUGGCAUCCUCCUCUCUGCAUGACAUGGUGUUUGAUAAGAUCUUAAAGAGCCCAAUGAGCUUCUUUGACACGACUCCCACUGGCAGGCUAAUGAACCGUUUUUCCAAGGAUAUGGACGAGCUGGAUGUGAGGCUGCCAUUUCACGCAGAGAACUUUCUGCAGCAGUUUUUUAUGGUGGUGUUUAUUCUCGUGAUCUUGGCUGCUGUGUUUCCUGCUGUCCUUUUAGUCGUGGCCAGCCUUGCUGUAGGCUUCUUCAUUCUGUUACGCAUUUUCCACAGAGGAGUCCAGGAGCUCAAGAAGGUGGAGAAUGUCAGCCGGUCACCCUGGUUCUCCCACAUCACCUCCUCCAUGCAGGGCCUGGGCAUCAUUCACGCCUAUGGCAAGAAGGAGAGCUGCAUCACCCAGUUUAAGACGCUAAACGAUGAAAACUCCAGUCACCUCCUCUACUUUAACUGUGCUCUCAGGUGGUUUGCGCUGAGAAUGGAUGUCCUCAUGAACAUCCUUACCUUCAUUGUGGCCUUGUUGGUGACCCUGAGUUUCUCCUCCAUCAGUACUUCAUCCAAAGGCCUGUCAUUGUCAUACAUCAUCCAGCUGAGCGGACUGCUCCAAGUGUGUGUGCGAACGGGAACAGAGACGCAAGCCAAAUUAACCUCCGUGGAGCUGCUCAGGGAAUACAUUUCGACCUGUGUUCCUGAAUGCACUCAUCCCCUCAAAGUGGGGACCUGUCCCAAGGACUGGCCCAGCCAUGGGGAGAUCACCUUCAGAGACUAUCAGAUGAGAUACAGAGACAACACCCCCCUUGUUCUCGACAGCCUGAACUUGAACAUACAAAGUGGGCAGACAGUCGGGAUUGUUGGAAGAACAGGUUCCGGAAAGUCAUCGUUAGGAAUGGCUUUGUUUCGUCUGGUGGAGCCAGCCAGUGGCACAAUCUUUAUUGAUGAGGUGGAUAUCUGCACUCUCAGCUUGGAAGACCUCAGAACCAAGCUGACUGUGAUCCCACAGGAUCCUGUCCUGUUUGUAGGUACAGUAAGGUACAACUUGGAUCCCUUUGGGAGUCACACCGACGAGAUGCUCUGGCAGGUUCUGGAGAGAACAUUCAUGAGAGACACAAUAAUGAAACUCCCAGAAAAAUUACAGGCAGAAGUCACAGAAAAUGGAGAAAACUUCUCAGUAGGGGAACGUCAGCUGCUUUGUGUGGCCCGAGCUCUUCUCCGUAAUUCAAAGAUCAUUCUCCUUGAUGAAGCCACCGCCUCUAUGGACUCCAAGACUGACACCCUGGUUCAGAACACCAUCAAAGAUGCCUUCAGGGGCUGCACUGUGCUGACCAUCGCCCACCGCCUCAACACAGUUCUCAACUGCGAUCACGUCCUGGUUAUGGAAAAUGGGAAGGUGAUUGAGUUUGACAAGCCUGAAGUCCUUGCAGAGAAGCCAGAUUCUGCAUUUGCGAUGUUACUAGCAGCAGAAGUCAGGUUGUAGAGGUCCUGGCGGCUGAUUCUAGAGGAGGAAGAGGCUCUGUGAGAUGAAUAGGAGGAGUCUUCAGGAGGAGGGGCUGUCCUCUCCGCAGGCAGCCCUGGUCUUCAGCCCCUCCCAUCCACGGAGUGAGCUGGGGCUGAAGUUGUCCCCACUGCCAUACUCAGUCCAUGUCACCCCACUUGGUGGGCUUGGGGUUGGUUCUGGGUGGUGAACCGAGGCAGACCCAGCUAAUGGAUUAAAAAACUGCCCUUCACCUCCCAAGUCCCCAAGGGUUCCUCAUGUGUUUUCACCAAAACCACCCCAGUGCCUGAGAUUGAAAAUAUUGUAACUUUCAGUUAGAAAUCAGCCACAAUAAACAACAUGGGAAAAUGCCUUA